GGGAACGAACGUAGCUUUUGUGGAUGUAACGUUUCGAACAACAGUCAUCGUCGAACCGUGGUGCGGUGUGGACCGUUUUGUUUGUUGUGCAAUUUUCACUCUGCUUUAUUCAAACUCAAGAAAGAAACCCCUCUUGAUCCGUGCGUGCGUGAGUGCCUUGGCGGUGGUUCGCGCGUUUGUGUAUACCCUUCAACCCCCGAGCCGGUUCGGGUCUGUUUUGGAGUCGAGUGGUGUUGCGUGUGGUGUAGGACACAGCAAAAGGCUUUUUUUAGGAAACAAAACCUGACACAGUGCGAGACUGCGGCAAACACACCAUCGGGCUCAAGGUCGCCGGGCUUGAGAGCUGCUAGAUUUGUUGAAUUUGGUUUUGGAGGUGGUAAUUGGAGGAUUGUUCGUGUGGUUGGUGCAUACAGCUAGCGUCCCUGAUUCACCAUUAAUGCCUUCGGUUGGAAAGUGAAAACCCUUGGUAAUAUCUAGCGCUACCCUUAAAAUCCCCCCCGGCGAUUAAAGUGAACACAAGUCUGAACCGAACCAAAAAUGUCGAUCAAAUACAACGAGAAGAACUACCCGUACAUCGAUCUCGGACGGGGCUACAUCAUCUAUCUGCAAGACGAUGACUACACCGACCAGCAAUGGAUCGUGAAGGCAGAACAGGAACUGAACGAAACACCGGAAAAUAAGGCUCGUUCGCUGGAGCAGCUCCGGGAGCUGCUGCGGGGCGAAAAGAAGCUUACCGUGCCGCUGGACGACGAAAAGUUCCUGCUCAAGUUCCUGCGCCCGAUGGCGUACGAUGUGCAGAAGGCGUUCGACUGCAUCCGGCAUACGUUCGCGAUGAAGCGCAGCUACGGCAAGGAUUACUACGAAGGUCGUAUCAAACCAUCGCACAUACGGCACAUCUACGAUUCCGGCAUGGUGAACUUCCUGCCGCUGCGUGACGACGACGGAAGUGGUAUAUGCGUGACCCAGCUUGGACGCAAAUGGAACACUUCGAAGGUAUCGAUGUACGACGUCGUAGCAUUGUUCCGCAUCAACAUUGAAGCCUCGCUGAUGGAUCCGCUCGUGCAGGUGAACGGCAUACGUAUCAUCUUCGACUUCGAGGGACUUUCGAUGUCGCACGUGGCGCAGGCCUCGCCGAAGCACGCGAUGGUGAGCCUGCAGUGGAUCCAGAAGUGUUGCCCGCUGCAACUGAAGAGCAUCCACAUCGUCAACAACUCGAUGCUGUUCAACGUACUGUUUACCAUCUUCAAGCCGUUCAUCUCGAAGGACCUGCGGGACAAGAUGCACUUCCACAACCGUGACUUUAGCUCGCUGACCAAGUGCAUCAGCGCGAAGUGUUUGCCGCCCGCGUACGGCGGUACGCUCGAUGCACCCGAGUGCGAAGGUCAGCUGCUCGGCGACUUCAUGCAGCUUUACGAUAAGCACUACGAAACAAUGGACGCGUAUGGAUACGACGAGAGCAAAUGAAAAUGCCAACAAACACCCUGCCAGAGUGUUGCUGCCGUGUUACUGCCGCCAAUCUGUGAUCUAUACCGCAUCGCAAAAAAACCCGCCCCCUACUCUCUCUCUCUCCCUCCCUCCCAGCACUACUCUCCAGUAUGGUCGGUUCUAUCACCAUCCGCCUUACCGUCACAUAACAGAACAGAUCGAGCUGCCAGGUUCGCGAUUAGUGUGCAAGCGAUUAGGUAAGCGCGGUGGGACACCGUGACAUGCUUGAGGGUUAAUGGUAAGAUGCUUAAUGCAAGCAGACUACCACCACCACGACGACGACCGGGGGGACGCAUUUUGGGCGGAUUGGGAGUGUUGACAUUGAAACGUCUCGGUCAGCGUCUCGUGCCACACAGCGGGACAUUAUUUCUCACGGGCAUAAAUUAAAGUUCAAGUGCCGCACUGCGUAUGCGUGUGUUUGCGCGUGGUGAAGGGCAAGAUGAAAUGAAGACAAGUUUAUUUAUUGGUUUUAUUAGAAACGUGCGGCAAUGUAUGUUUUUGUGUCGAUCGAACAUGUUUGAGGUUUGUCGGAAUGGAGCAAACGAGUGCUAAAUUUAACUAUAAGUGAAGGUACUGUAAAUCUGUGUUUUGUUUUCCGAUUUAGAAUAUCGUUUACCGUCAGUGUGAGUGAAAUAAAAUUACAAUUAUCAACCAUCUUA